AUGUAUAGUUAUAAACAUUUGCCUAUCUAUCUAUCUAUCUGUCUAUUUUGGAGCAUUCUCGGAGUAUUAUCUGGGAUCGGCGCCCUCAUCAUAGGCAUCACCUAUCUUAUUUGCCGCUUCAAGAAACCGACCAAUCAGGUGGCUGAUCGGGACCAGAACAUGGUGGAAGACAACUUUGUUCACACAGAUGUUCGGACAGUGCUGUACCCCGACAAUCACUUGGAACACCAACGUUUACAGCCAGCCCCAGUCGUCCGAUUGGAAAAUAACAGACCCCCUUAUUAUGGUGCAUCGGCACACCACUCGCCACCCUCAGCAGUAGCUACGUCUGCCGUCCCUGGCGCUUCGACGUCUAUGCCAACGCCCCUGACAACAACGUCAACAACAGUAGGCAAUUGUUCUCGCCUUAACCAACUUUGUUUAGAAUCUUGGACAGGUUUCGGCCCUAGAGACAUUAAAAAUACCAGUGUGUGUCAACCUCCCGGAGGCCUUUCGAAUAUAAAUAGUGGUCGACAAGCGCAAUUGAAACCGACUGUCGUUCUUUCUGAAAUCGCUCGCUCUGCCGUGAAGUUUAAUUGCGCAUCGAACUUUCUGCUAGUGAAACCCAAGCGUACAAGUGUGGACGUUUGA